AUGGCAGAAGUCUCACCAGCACCCGCCGCCGCCGCGCCGGCCAAGGCACCCAAGAAGAAGGCAGCAGCCAAGCCCAAGAAAGCGGGACCCAGCGUAGGCGAGCUCAUCGUCAAGGCGGUGUCCGCCUCCAAGGAGAAGAGCGGUGUGUCCCUGGCCGCUCACAAGAAGUCUCUGGCGGCAGGCGGCUACGACGUGGAGAAGAUCAACUCCCGUGUCAAGAUCGCCGUCAAGCGCCUCGUCACCAAGGGCACCCUGGUCCAGACCAAGGGCACCGGUGCCUCCGGCUCCUUCAAGCUCAACAAGAAGGCCGUCGAGGCAAAGAAGCCCGCCAAGAAAGCCGCAGCCCCCAAAGCUAAGAAGGUGGCCGCCAAGAAGCCCGCCGCCGCCAAGAAGCCCAAGAAGGUAGCAGCCAAGAAGGCCGUGGCCGCAAAGAAGUCCCCCAAGAAGGCCAAGAAGCCCGCUACACCCAAAAAGGCCGCCAAGAGCCCAAAGAAGGUGAAGAAGCCCGCCGCAGCGGCCAAGAAAGCGGCCAAGAGCCCCAAGAAGGCUACCAAGGCAGCGAAGCCCAAAGCCGCCAAGCCCAAGGCGGCCAAGGCCAAGAAGGCAGCCCCCAAGAAGAAGUAAAGCGAUUACAAACAGUGUUCUUUC